UCCGUCUUCUGCUCAUUGCUACAGAGGAAAGGCAUCUCUCAACACAUGGUUCCUCCUUCACUUCUCACAGAGAUGAGAGGAGCAGCUAUGAGUCUAACUGCAGCAGCGAGUGGAUUAGUUGUCUUCCUGCUCUCUGUGUCAGUGGUUCCGGGUCAGAAUGACUGGGGAGUGGCUUGCACUUCUACUGAGAUCUGUGCAGUGAAAGGAUCAACAGUGGAGAUAAACUGCACCUACACAUACCCAUCUACAUGGGAUGAUGGUGAAAACACAGUUGAGAAAACAUUCUGGUUUACUAAACAGAAAGGUGGUGAACGUAUAGAUCUGACCACAGUCUCAGAAUAUGCAGGUCGUGUAGAGGAUCUCUGUGAAAACAACAUCUGCACUCUGAGAAUCAGAAACCUGACAGAGAGCGACUCAGCUGAGUACUGGUUCAGGAUCAUAACAACCCGAGAUACAUACUGGGGUCCUCCAGUCACUUUGUCCGUCACAGAUCUCCAGGUGGAGAUGAGCAGAUCAGGAUCUUCUGCUCUCCUUCAGUGUCUCAGCAGUUGUCCACCUGGUCAUACUUCCUACAUCUGGUUUAAGAACAGACAGGAAGUGAAGGAAGACACAUCUUCUUAUGCAGACUUCAGUUAUGAUUCAGCAGACAAUUAUUCCUGUGCUUUGAAGGGAUAUGAGGACUUCCCCUCUCCUUCAGUGUACCGUCCAAAGCCUCCCUCUGCUGAGAUAGAGGAGGGCAGUUCAGUGACUCUGACCUGUAGCAAUGAUGAAAACCCAACAGCUAACUACACCUGGUACAAGGAGGAUGGAUCUUCUUACCUUCCUCCUCUCAAUGAGAAACCACGUCUUAUCUUCAGCUCCAUCCAGUCCUCUGACUCUGGACAGUAUUACUGUACAGCUGAGAAUCUGCUUGGGAGUACAAGAUCUGAAUCCAUCUUUAUUGAUGUUAAAUAUGGUCCAAAGCUCCCCUCUGUGUCAGUGAGUCCCUCUGCUGAGAUAAAGGAGGGCAGUUCAGUGACUCUGACCUGUAGCAGUGAUGCUAACCCAGCAGCUAACUAUAUCUGGUACAAGGAGAACCAAACAGUGUUUCAGGGAGCAGAAGGAAGUUAUCAUUUCACCUCCAUCAGCUCUGAGGACAGAGGGAUCUACUACUGCAAGUCUGAGAAUCAAUAUGGAGGGAUCAAGUCUUCUUCUCUCUCUGUAGAUGUCCAGUAUGCUCCAAAGCUUCCCUCUGUGUCAGUGAGACCCUCUGCUGAGAUAGAGGAGGGCAGUUCAGUGACUCUGACCUGUAGCAGUGAUGCUAACCCAGCAGCUAACUACACCUGGUACAAGGAGGAUGAAGACUCUCCAAAAGCUUCAGGACAGAUCUUCAACAUCACUGACUUCAGAGCUGAACACAGUGGGAGUUAUUCCUGUGGAGCCCUGAACAAGUUAGGACAUAGUAACUCCACCUUUCAUCUGAGUGUUGGAACAGGGAGUUCAACAAUGAUAGUGAUUAUCAUGACGACUCUGGGGGUCUUGAUGCUGAUUCCUGUGUGUCUCCUGAGUCUGUGGAUCAGGAAGAAGAAAGCUCUGAGCUCCACCACUGAAGCACGUGAACCUGAAGAGAUAGAGGUGUGAGGGAGAGGUUAUAAUUUGUCCCAUAAAUGCUCGGAAAAAGAGGAGUUAAAUGCACCUGUGUUUUGUUGACAACUUGCUGAGUGGAAACCAGUAAUGCAUUUGGUCAUAAAACAAUGACUUCAAAUGUAUUACAUUUUUGAUAGUUUAUGAUAAUAUAUACAGUUCAUGAUAAAGAGCCUGAUGUCUUGCUCUAUCCCCGAGUAUGAGAACGACUCAGACACUGCAGCACAGACAAAAGACACAGAGGAGCAGGAAGACAUGGUGUGAAGUCCAGUCAGGUUAGAGCCUCCUGCAUCAGAUCAAACAGGCCCACUCCACAUUUAGAGUCACAGUUCCAGCUGUAACUUUACACACAGUUUCUGUGAUUUUCUUAUAUUUACAUUUAUAUAUUUACUCCCAAAGUUUUUAUUGUCAGUUUUCAGUAGCAGCAGCAGGUUGGAGUUUAUUAGCAUGUAGGUUUAUAAGAAUGAGCUGCUGGCAGCUUGAAGUGAAUCAUGUCGAGGUGUCAAACAUGAUGUGUUUUAAGGUCAGCUACUGGUCAGGUGCUUUAACAUACUGCUUUAAAUAUGCAUGCUGAUUUUUUAUCUGUGGAAUUUGUGAAUAUACAGAAGUAUAGGAUAAGAGUUCUUGUGGACAUUUUGUAUUUUGAAUUUCAUAAUAAAUAACAUUUGAAAAAUCCUGA